ACUGCGCUUCCCUUUCUCUCCCAAAGCUGCGUUUUCUUCCUGCAAACUGAGCAAACACCUCAAGCAAUCGAUCAGUUCUUAUUGAAGCAGAAAGACCUUUAUUAGGAGCAGUCAAAAUGUCGAGAAAAGGUUUGAUGGAGCAAGACUUAAGUAAGCUGGAUGUAACAAAGUUGCAUCCACUCUCUCCUGAAGUUAUAUCUCGGCAGGCUACUAUAAAUAUUGGCACUAUAGGGCAUGUGGCACAUGGGAAGUCAACAGUUGUGAAAGCUAUAUCUGGCGUUCAGACUGUUCGUUUUAAAAAUGAGUUGGAGCGUAAUAUUACUAUUAAGCUUGGAUAUGCAAAUGCAAAGAUAUACAAAUGUGAAGAUGAACGUUGCCCUCGUCCUAUGUGCUACAAGGCAUAUGGUAGUGGAAAGGAGGAUAGUCCUCUUUGUGAUGUGCCAGGCUUUGAAAACUGCAGGAUGAAGUUGCUGAGACAUGUAUCUUUUGUAGAUUGCCCGGGUCACGAUAUUCUCAUGGCUACCAUGCUUAAUGGAGCUGCAAUUAUGGAUGGUGCAUUACUUCUCAUAGCUGCCAAUGAAAGCUGUCCACAACCUCAAACUUCUGAGCAUCUGGCUGCUGUUGAAAUCAUGCGACUCCAGCAUAUUAUAAUUCUCCAAAACAAGGUUGAUCUUAUUCAAGAGAAUGUAGCCAUCAACCAGCAUGAAGCAAUUCAGAAAUUUAUUCAGGGUACUGUUGCUGAUGGUGCACCAGUGGUACCAAUUUCUGCACAGUUAAAAUAUAAUAUCGAUGUUGUCUGCGAGUACAUUGUUAAGAAGAUCCCUAUUCCAGAGAGAAACUUUGUCUCACCCCCUAACAUGAUUAUCAUCCGAUCAUUUGAUGUCAAUAAGCCAGGGUUUGAGGUUGAUGAGAUUAAAGGUGGUGUUGCUGGUGGAAGUAUACUUAGGGGUGUUUUGAAGGUGAACCAAUUUAUUGAAGUUCGUCCUGGGAUUUUUCAUAAGGAUGAAAAUGGGAACAUCAAAGCUGCACCCAUAUAUUCCAGAAUAGUCUCACUGUUUGCUGAACAAAAUGAACUACAAUUUGCCGUUCCAGGAGGUCUGAUUGGUGUAGGAACAACUAUGGACCCAACUUUGACACGUGCUGAUAGGUUGGUGGGUCAAGUCCUAGGAGAGGUUGGGUCACUCCCAGAAGUUUUUGUUGAGCUUGAGGUAAACUUCUUCCUUCUUCGAAGGCUUCUUGGUGUUAGGACAAAGGGCUCAGAGAGGCAGGGGAAGGUCUCAAAGCUGGCCAAGGGAGAGAUCCUAAUGUUGAACAUUGGUUCUAUGUCAACUGGGGCUCGAGUCAUAGCUGUAAAGAACGAUUUGGCAAAGCUGCAACUCACAUCUCCUGUGUGCACCAGCAAGGGAGAGAAGAUUGCACUAAGUCGGCGUGUUGAGAAGCACUGGCGUCUAAUUGGAUGGGGCCAAAUUCAAGCUGGAACAACCCUUGAGGUUCCACCCUGCCCCCUUUGAGCAUCGAUAAAACAGGUAGAGACAGAAGCAAAAACAUCAGUAGAAAAGGCACAAGAAACGAUUUUUUAUUGAAAUGUGGGAAGGCAGACGAGAUCUUGGUACUAUUUUUGUCAGAUGGAGAAGAAAACAUUUGUUUGGAUAAAUUUCAUCACUGUGUAUGUUGUUCUUUUUCCCCUGUUAUCUGCUGUUGGGGAACUUGAUUGUUCCUUACGAACCAUUUUGGAGUUUUGUUUCCUGGGAGUCUUUUAAACUAGGCGGAAGCAUGGAGUUUUUACUGGGCUAUAUCGCCGGCAGACAAUGUUGGAAAUUAGAGUUGAGAGAAGUUGUUGCCUGAAACCUGUGUUGCUGUCUUCAUGAAGCCAUAUAUGAUAUGCCUAAGGCUGAGGGGUUAUAUGUUAAUCACUUGAGCCCCAAUCUUGCACUUUU